UUUAAUUAAUAAAAAAAAACGUUUUAGUAACAUUGAAGUAAGUAGAUAGGUAUUCUUUAUUGUGCACCACACAUUUAAAAAUACACAAAAAAAUACAAUUAAAAGUUGAAAUUGGUUUUUGGACAUGUUGAUUUUUACUACUUAUUUUUUUUAUUGAGAAUGGGUAUAUCAGUGUACCCACUUUCUCAGUAGAAAAAUGGCGCACACGGAAGUUAACACAUCGCACCUAUUUUUUUUUAAAUUAGUCGCCUUCUACUGACAAAGUGACUGUGCCAGAGUGUUUUUAUAUUACUGAAGUGUUUCCAGUUGAUAAAUAGUGUCAAUUAUAUUAUCCUGGCAACAUUGGUCAGCAGCUGUCAAUUCUCAGCUGAACCUGUCAUUGUCAGUUGGUUGAGUGUCGAAGCGCGCGCUUACGCAGGCCGUAACACAAUAGAUUCGAAAUAUACUGAAACAGUGUACGUAAAAUAAAAAUCGGUGCAGAAGUGCCUUGGAUACUGUUGUUUGCUUUUCUAGACUAUUCCUCUUUGUUCAAAAGGGUGAACUGUCGAGCAUAUUACACGUAAUAUGGCUGAACCACUUAACCUAGAUAUGGAGUGCGAGAAUGAAGCAUACAAUGCAGUAGGAAUACAAGAAGGUCUAUAUCCAUUAGAAGAGCAAAUGGACCAGAAUAGUGGUCAGAAGGAAAAUUGUGCAGUGGCACUGACUGAGCCUAAUGAAGAUGGAAGUGCAGAACAAAGAUUGGUGAUGCAAAAGGGGAUUGAGCCUGGAGAGUUGGAACCUGGGGAACUUUUCAGCACGCCAGUGACGCCAGAGAUCAUUGAUGGCACCAUUGGUCUAUGUGUCAAUGACUAUGAUGUCCUUGAUAGAAGUGAAGAAAUUACAAAUAACCAGAAUCAGGAUAUAGAAGAAGCCCAGUAA